AGGGCGCUCUGGGCAUGGGCAGGUGGAGGGAGCAGGCAAAGUUUGGCCGGCGGUAGCGGCGGGUGGUGGGGUUGCGGGUGUCGCUGCUGGCGGGGGUUCGGCUGGGGCUUGGGGAGACCGGGCUGCGCGGGGCAGCGUAGUGUCUCUCCGCUUCCUCGUUCCUGCGUGACGCUCCCCCUCGCGGCGCGGAGGGUGGGCGGGCGGCGGGCGCGGCGCGGCCAUGGCCGAGGACCCCAGCGCGCUGCCCUGGUCUAUCAACAAGGAUGACUACGAGCUGCAGGAGGUCAUCGGGAGUGGAGCGACUGCAGUGGUGCAGGCAGCCUUCUGUGCUCCAAAGAAGGAGAAGGUGGCCAUUAAACGGAUCAAUCUUGAGAAGUGUCAGACGAGCAUGGAUGAACUCCUGAAAGAAAUUCAAGCCAUGAGUCAGUGCCAUCACCCCAACAUUGUAUCUUACUACACAUCGUUCGUGGUGAAAGAUGAGCUUUGGCUGGUGAUGAAGUUACUUAGUGGAGGCUCAGUUUUGGAUAUUAUAAAGCAUAUUGUGGCCAAAGGAGAACACAAGACUGGUGUCCUGGAUGAAGCCUGCAUAGCCACGAUCCUUAAGGAGGUGCUGGAGGGACUGGACUACCUGCAUAAAAAUGGACAGAUCCACAGGGAUGUGAAAGCAGGAAAUAUUCUUCUUGGAGAAGAUGGCUCAGUGCAAAUUGCAGACUUUGGUGUUAGUGCGUUUCUGGCCACGGGUGGUGACAUUACCAGAAAUAAAGUCAGGAAAACUUUUGUGGGCACACCUUGCUGGAUGGCACCAGAGGUUAUGGAACAGGUCAGAGGAUACGAUUUCAAGGCAGACAUCUGGAGCUUUGGGAUCACUGCUAUCGAACUGGCUACAGGGGCAGCUCCUUACCAUAAAUACCCUCCGAUGAAGGUUUUAAUGCUGACGCUACAAAAUGAUCCUCCAUCUUUGGAAACUGGUGUGCAAGAUAAGGAGAUGCUGAAGAAGUAUGGGAAAUCAUUUAGGAAGAUGAUUUCAUCGUGCCUACAAAAAGACCCAGAAAAAAGACCAACAGCAGCAGAACUCUUAAGACACAAAUUUUUCACGAAAGCGAAGAAUAAAGAAUUUUUACAAGAGAAGAUGUUGCAGAGAGCACCAACAAUCACUGAAAGAUCCAAAAAGGUCCGGAGAGUCCCAGGUUCCAGCGGACGUCUUCAUAAGACUGAAGAUGGUGGCUGGGAAUGGAGUGAUGAUGAACUAGAUGAAGAAAGUGAGGAAGGCAGAGCAGCAAUUUCACAGCUCAGGUCUCCUAGAGUGAAAGAACCUGUACAGAAUUCCGAGCUGUUCCCAUCAGCUGAGCCUCCAGGUCCUUCACUCAAUGCUCCAGCACAGGCACCUACUCAACUACCUCAGGCUGCAGGACAAGUACCUGCACAACCUCAAACUGCUGUACCUCCACCUAGUCAGGCUCCUCCAGCAGCCCCAGCAGCAGCCCAGGCCCCACCUGCCCCUGUUGCAGCUCCGGUACAGGAAGACACGAAAGUCCCCAUCAGCCUUGUGCUAAGGUUAAGGAAUUCAAAAAAAGAGCUCAAUGAUAUUCGAUUUGAAUUUACCCCAGGGAGAGAUACUGCUGAUGGUGUGUCUCAAGAACUCAUUUCAGCAGGUCUUGUUGAUGGCAGAGAUCUGGUAAUAGUUGCAGCUAAUUUGCAGAAAAUUGUGGAAGAGCCCCAAGCAAACAGAUCCGUCACUUUCAAACUGGCAUCUGGUGUCGAAGGCUCAGAUAUUCCUGAUGAUGGCAAACUUAUAGGAUUUGCACAGCUCAGCAUCAGCUAAACAAUGGUCCCAGGAGAUGUUUCCCAACUGAGAACCCACAUGUGCAUAUUCGUAAUGCUUCUGUUAGCCUAAAAACCACUACUGCCAAAGAAUUGAACUACAGCCCCCUUCCUAGAAGCUUUAACAUUUUCCUUAAUAGGAUCACAAACCUUUCUGAAAUUACCGAUGGCGUUUACACCUUUUGUAAACAACUCUCAUGUUUUUGUAUCUGUCAUCUCAAACAUGCAGAUCCAACACAUCAUUGCCUGCAUGUUCAUUUUAUUAUUGCCUUACUUUAAAGAAAAAUACUACUGAGUACGAAGCAGGGGGUUCCACUGCUCUGAUGAUUUUGCCUAAAUGUUUGCAUACAUGUGGUUUCAUUUUUUUCACUUGCUAUUUUUGCACAAGUUUUAAUACUGAACGGAUCUUUUUUGUUCUUUACCUGCUUCUCCUUCCAUCUGAAACACCAAUGUACAUGUUGUUUGGGUCACCUGGAGUGCUGAGACAUCUGCUUCUCUUUGGCUGUGUUUUUUAAAACUGCUGGUUUGAAUGCUUGCACCUGAGAAAGCAAGCCAAGUCUUAACCCACGGGAGGGAGAGCCUUCUUCCCUUGUGUUUUGUGUUUUUGAGAAGUUCCUUGACUUUGAGGUGUUAGAAGUCAGCUUCCCUUUGUAAACUGCCUUAAUUUUUUAUUUUUUUUUUUUUUUUACUAUCUUGGUUCUCUCCACAUGAGUGCCAGGCGUGGCAUGAGGGCUGAACCUUUUAAUUUACAUUAAGCAGUCCUUCCACAAAACGUCUUUCAUUCUGCAUCUUAGAUGUAGUCUAUUCUUGAAGCAGACCAAUGAGGCAUUGCUGCCUGGAGACUGGUCUUUCAGAUGAUCAACAAAGUAGUCAUGGUGAGAGGGAGAGGAGAUCUGUGUCAUUCUGCGUUUGGAGAAGAUGCACUUCAAACUGUUCCUGAAACCCAGUCUGUCAUGCCUGGCUACGCGAGUCCUCCCGACGUGUUUCCCAGUCCUUUGCAAACUGGUACCCAUGGAACCAUCCCUGUCGUGUUUUACAGCAAUAAAGAAUCGCCAGUAGAGCGGUAGUACUGGGCAAGCGAGCGCCGGGCUGUGUCCCUCCUGCACUAAUUGCUUGGGUCGUCAGCCUUCUUGUCGGUCCAAGCCUUAACGUUUGAUGAGGAUGUCACUGAAACCCUGUCACACACGUAUUUAGCUUUUAUUUCUAUGUGGUGUUGAAUUUGAGUUUCUACAUGAAUAAUAUAAAUUAUACUCUGAGUUUGAUAAGAGACACUUGUAAUGCAAUAUGUGAAUAAUAAAUGGUGUUGAUUUUUUUGUUUCCUACUGUUUCACAGUUGGCCUUUGUAACUGCUAUUGGCUCUGGAGUGUUUUCUACACAGAAAUUGUAAGUCUGUAAUUUACCACGCAGAUGGAAACGUGUUUUGUUUCCAUCAGCCACAAACAAUGCAGAAACAGAGUGUUAAACCGGAAUGACUGGGUUCAAUUAGGACUUUUUUUUUUAUUUCAAAGUCUUCAGAUGAACAAUCUGUAUUUAUAUAUUGUUCUCUAUGAGCAGCUGUGGAAGCUUCCUGAAUUGUGCAUGUUCUUGUUAUACCGUCCUUGUUGCUUUUAGCCUCUAGGUGGAUAUUGAGCAUGUCCCCAUGGGCUAUUUGCAGCCCCGUGGCUGGUCAGUGUGAAGGGGAGGGAGAGGAGGAAGAGUGUUUGGGAGUGACAGCAUCUCAGGGUGCUGAGCCAGAGCUCUCAACAGCCCAGGGAGCAGGUGCCCCAUACCAGGGAGUUGGUGGUGUCUGGGUUUGGCCAAGUGUGUGCGUGGCACCUCUGGCACUUUCUCCUUUUUGAUGCAGAACACUCCCUACGGCUGCCCCUGCUGAGCUUCUUGGCUUGGGAAGAGCAGGCUGGCAUCUCGAUUUUUUUUGUGUCACCCUGCGGUUGAUGUGGAGGUGUUGGAAGCCCUUAGGAUAUGGAAACAAGGUAAUCUUGCCUACAGUAUUAUUUUCCCUUCUGCCUGCAUGCCAUGGGGACCCCCUCGUUCAUUUGUGUACUGGUGCUGAGAAAGGUAGGACUCGAACUGCUCAAAUGGAACAAUGCAGCAUCUAUUUAUUGUUAUUCCCCACUUUCCCAAAGCCAAGACUUAGAGAACUUGAGCUCACACUGACCCAAGGCUCCUUAGUUCUUUAAUGGAGAAAAUAAGGAAGAAACUGAUGGUUUUUGCUCUAUAGAUUUCCAGAUGUUUUGGGUAGGGAUCCAAAAUAUUUACUUGGGCUAUUACAGUGCUAGACAACUGUCUUUUCUGAUGUUGUUCCAGUAAGUGCCAAUGCUGUUCAUAAUUGUUUUCCAGUGUCACUAAAUUUGUUUUUUGUGCAAAUUUCUGAUCUGAACCUGGAAGCAGGUGGUAAUUUUAAGUUAGUUCCUACUUUUAAGGACAAUGCUCUGUUUAAUGAAAACGGAUCCUCUUCACAACUUUGGUGUAUUGUAGAUUAUAAUGAAAGAUGUAAAAUAUUCAGGCUUUUUUCCUUUUUUGGACUUUGUAUUUUACUGCAUGUCUCUAAUUUUUAAUCAAUAAAGAACAAAUUGUCCAUUGCAA